GAUAUAACGUUUUCAAGGACUUGCUACCCGAUUCUUGUGAUUCAGCGAAACAAAACAAACAUUAGGCUGUUUGAACUGUUUUCAGAGUCUUAACAAUCGCGAAAGAGAGAGAGUUUACCUCUUAAAGAGUAUGAGAACUCAACACCUCAAGUAAUUACCACCUAGAAUUGAAAAAUAUUCACCGAAUCAUUACAGAAGGAAAAAGCAGAUCGAUUUGGAGGAGACAACAGUAUAUCAGGAUUUUAAAAAGUUAAUGAUCAAAAGGAUUCAGUGAAACACUGAGGCUGAAUUUGACUGAACGAAACGUAGCUUUGAGUCACACUCGCAAACACAUCUGCAACCGCGGAACUAAACCAUCAACUGCUUUCUGCUCUGCGUUACUGUUUCAAAGAAACCGAAUACCAUGUCCAGCGGAUUUUUUCACGUCACCUGCUUACUCUACUGCAUCGUCCUGACUUCUUUUACCAAAUGUGACAACACUACGUCCAAAAUCCCCUUAUACAUUGGUGGAUUUUUCGGGGUAAACAUUCAAGAAGGGGCUUGGAGCACAGCUGAAGUCAUUCCAUCUCUAGAAAUGGCACUGGAGCAUGUGAACAACGACCCAAGCAUUUUGGUGGACUAUCAGCUGAAAUAUGUGUGGAAUGAUUCUAAGUGUGAAAGUGGAUCUGGUAUCAAAGCUAUGCUUACGAUGAUCGACACUCCACCGCACAAGAUUGUUUUCCUGGGUCCCGGAUGUUCUGUAGCAACAGUACCUGUUGCAGAAGCCGCUCCGUAUUGGCAGGCAGUGCAGAUUGGAUACAGUACAUCGUCGCCACAGUUCUCAGACAAGGAAAAGUUCCCUCUGUACUUUCGAACUAGUACCUCAGAAACAAUGGAAAACCCGACCAGAGUAGCACUUUUAGAGCAAUUCAAUUGGAAAAAGGUCGCCAUACUUGUGCAAAACUUGGAUAUUUUUGUAUGGACAAAAGAAGACCUCAUUCCAUUGUUAAACAAGUCGAACAUCUCCAUCAUUGCAACAGAAAGCUUCAAAUAUGAUCCAUCCUCAUCGGUUAAGUACUUAAUCAAGGAUAAAGAUGCUAGGAUUAUCAUUGGACUGAUGUACGAGGACAUGUUCAGAAAAGCUAUGUGCGCUGCCUACAAAGAUGGACUCUUUGGAAAGAAGUAUGUUUGGAUAAUAGUUGGAUGGUACUUGGAAGACUGGUGGACAAAAACAACAGAAGUGGGCAUGGAUUGCAGGGGAGAACAGCUCUUGGAGGCUGCAGCUAAUUUGAUUGAGACUUUUCCUCUUCAACUGAGUAGAUCAACAAGACCCACGAUAUCGAAUAGGACUGCACAGCAGUUGCAAGCUGAAUAUGAUGAAAGACGACGGCGCCUCAACUACACUUAUCACAUGUACGCAGGCUUCACGUAUGAUGCAGCAUGGAGCAUCGCUGUUAUGUUGAACAAAUCCAUACCUCGGUUACGAGCAAGAAAUAAAACACUGGAAACCGUCAAAUAUGGUGAUAAAGAAGUAGCUGAGAUCAUGACGGAUAUUUUGUUCCGUACAGACUUCUGGGGAAUGUCAGGUCGCGUGAAGUUUGAUAAAGAUGGAAACAGAGACACUCUUGUAGAAAUUUUUCAAAAUAAACGUGGUAAAAAGAAAAUUGUGGCCACUGUGGAUUCCCUUGGUAGGAAUCUGAGUCAAUACAAAGAUAAGUUUGAGUGGGAAGAGGGGAAAGUUCCACUGGACGGUGUCAGAAUCAAUGAAAAGCAGUUUAAAGAAAGUUUCAGCUUAACGUUGAUGUUCUUCCUGUUGGCAUUUAUUGGAGUACUGCUCUGUUUCUUUAGUUUACUUUUUAAUGUCACAUAUCGAAAGCAUCAGUUCAUUAAAAUGUCAUCUCCAAAGUUUAACGAUAUCACCGUCAUUGGAUGCCUGCUGUCCUACAUCGAAAUGUUCUUAUCAGCUUACGCUAACUCUGAUUAUACAGAACACGACAUUUCACUCUGCUAUAUUAGAAUCUGGCUGCUCUCUACCGGUUUCACUUUGGCAUUUGGUGGGAUUUUCGUCAAAACCUGGAGAGUUUACAAAAUAUUUACAAACACCCAGAUGAGGAAAGAGCUUGGAAACUUAAGUAGCACUAGCCUCUUGUUGAGGCUAUGUGUUGCUUUGUUUGUAGACUUCAUUUUUUUAUCAACUUGGACAGCUAUUGAUCCAAUGACCAUGGAAACUGAGAAAAUCGAUAAUAAGGUUCCAAAUGAUGACUCCGACUUCAAGGAGCAGCUUGUGAUCCAUCAGUGCACCUCUUCUCACUAUAUGACCUGGUUGAUUUCAAUGAGCGGGCUGAAGGGGAUCAUGUUGAUUUUCGGUGUGUUUUUGGCCUGGGAAACAAGAAACGUGCAUUAUCCUUCGCUGAACGAUUCCAAGAACAUUGGCUUAGCAGUGUAUAACGUGUUCAUGUUUUCUUGCUUAGCAAUUGUGGCCGAGUUCGUGGUUUUUCCUCCCCUUAAGACUCAAGUUCAAAGAUCGAUCGUGUUCGUGGCGACCACUUCGACAAUUGCCCUGCUAUUUGUACCAAAGGUACUUUACCUGAGGAAAAAUACAGCAGUUUCCACGGCCGCCGUCCUGGAGACAAACAAUGUGGCAUUAGAAAAUCAUGGAGUGACGAAUGCAUCGAACUCUGUAGAAAAAGCCAAAUAUGUAAAAACUUGUGCAAACUAAUGCUGCGGCAAUUUCCGGAGACAUAGGUUUAUCGAAGCAAGCAUCAAACCUGAAGGAUCAAAAGCGAGUAGGAAUGAAAUGAGCCGACCUUUAAGAAGGCCGUUGCAGACCAUUAAUUAUCAACCAAAGCUUUUAAUCGAGUGUUCAAAUGCAAAACCUUAUGGAA